GAAGAGUAACGUACAAACAACAACAACAACAAGUAAACAAAAUAUAAAUGCAACGAGUAGUUUUAUGUACAUACCCCAGUUUUUGAUAUCGUAAUCAGGGGGAAGUUCAUUGAGCUUUAAAGUUGAACAUUAUAAAAGGACAGAUGACAACUUCAAAUUUCCAUGGUGCUGUAGGAACAAAGGCCAAGCCAGUUACUUCACAGUUUCAGUUUGGACCAUGGACACUUACAGCAGUAAAAUCACAUAUUCUUGAAUCUGAGGGAAUAGCAAGACAAAGAUUUGAAGGAGAGUUGGAACUACCUCAGGUACCAGAGAUGAUAUUUGCAGACAAUGUGUUACGUUUACAACAUGUUGCUGGGUUCGGUUUGGAGUUUAAUGCCCUCGAUGCACUAAAAUUAGUUGAUGCUCACAAUGACCCUCUCAAAGUGGCGGUGGCACAGGCCUGGAAAGAAGCAAGGGCAGAUUGUGAACAUAUAAAUGAAGUGGUAAAACCUUUUGACUGGACAUUCACUACAGAGUAUAAAGGAACUUUGAUAGGAAAAGAUGGGGUUCAGUUAAAGGUUGAACCCACAGAUGAAAGAAUAGAUCUGGAGAAAUUAAAAGUUCGGGAAAAGAUUCACUUUUAUGAAGAUAUAUUAUUGUUUGAUGAUGAAUUAUCUGAUAAUGGCUCAUCAAUCAUGAAUGUUAAAAUUAGAGUAAUGCCAACAAGUUUCUUUAUUUUACUUCGACAAUUUAUGCGAGUAGAUAAUGUUGUUGUCAGGGUCCUUGAUACAAGAUUAUAUCAUGAGGCUGAGAAAGAUUUUAUAUUGAGAGAACACAGUUAUAAAGAGAGUAAGGUACAGGAUAUUCAGGGCCCUCCUCAUAUUGUGACAGAUCCAAACCAAGUGGCUCAGUUAUUACCUAUUAAAAGGGAAACAUUUGAAAAACUGAUAUUUCCAUCAAGUUCUAUAAGCCAGAAAGAAGCGGAUGCAAUUAGAUAGUUACUAACAUGAAUAAAUACAUGUGUGUUAGAAAUAAAUACAAUUUUGUGCACUUUUUCUUUUAAACAAAG